ACUAGUGUAUUUGAAAGACAAGAAAAAGACCAGACCAACCCAUACACCUCAGCUUCUAGUAUAAAAGAAUUGCAGUGCUUGCAAUACUCCACUACGUAAAGGAAACUAAAAUCAGCAAAGCCAUGAAAACGCAGGUUUCCUUUGCUCUCUGUCUCUCACUUUUGCUGGUAGUCCCAUGUAACACUCAGCAAUUUGCAUGUGACCAGAAUGAUCCUAAUACGAGCCAAUUGCCCUUUUGUGACACCUCCUUAUCUUAUGAGGCUCGAGCCAAGGACCUUGUUUCACGCUUGACUCUCCAAGAAAAGGUGCAACAACUAGUAAACAAAGCUUCUGGCAUUUCCAGGUUAGGUGUGCCUGCCUAUGAGUGGUGGUCUGAGGCACUCCACGGUGUCUCAGACCUGGGUCCAGGCACACGUUUUAAUGCCACAGUGCCAGGUGCAACUAGUUUCCCUGCUGUAAUUUUAUCUGCUGCAAGUUUCAACGCGACAUUAUGGUUUACGAUGGGGCAGGUGGUGUCAACCGAAGCUCGAGCCAUGUACAAUGUAGGGUUAGCGGGCUUGACAUAUUGGAGCCCUAAUGUUAACGUGUUCCGUGACCCAAGAUGGGGACGUGGCCAAGAAACGCCAGGGGAAGACCCUCUGGUGGUUUCAAGAUAUGCUGUGAAUUAUGUUCGGGGAUUGCAAGAAGUGGGCGGGGAGGCUAACUCUACUAACGACAAGCUUAAGGUUUCAAGUUGUUGCAAGCACUACACUGCUUAUGAUCUGGAUAAUUGGCAAGGCGUCGAUCGAUUCCAUUUUGAUGCAAAGGUUACACAGCAGGACUUGGAAGAUACGUAUCAGCCACCAUUUAAGAGCUGUGUGGAGGAGGGACAUGUGAGCAGUGUAAUGUGCUCAUACAAUAGGGUAAAUGGGAUUCCCACCUGUGCUGAUCCAGACCUGCUUAAAGGAAUAGUUAGAGACCAAUGGGGCCUUGAUGGAUACAUUGUUUCAGACUGUGACUCUGUUGAGGUUUAUUAUAAUGCCAUCCAUUAUACUGCUACACCUGAAGAUGCAGUAGCCCUUGCUCUAAAAGCAGGUUUAAACAUGAAUUGUGGGAAUUAUUUGGGGAAGUACACAGAGAAUGCAGUCAACUUGAAAAAAGUAGAGGAAUCUAUUGUUGACCAAGCUUUAAUAUAUAACUAUAUAGUCCUUAUGAGGCUUGGUUUCUUCGAUGGAAACCCCAAAUUGCUUCCGUUUGGUAACCUGGGGCCAUCUGAUGUAUGCACUGAUGAUCAUCAGCUGCUAGCCCUUGAUGCUGCCAAGCAGGGAGUAGUUUUACUGGACAACAAUGGAGCUCUUCCUCUGUCCCAAAAUAUCACCAAGAAUUUAGCGGUUGUAGGACCAAAUGCUAAUGCCACAACAGUAAUGAUAAGUAACUAUGCUGGUAUACCUUGCCAAUAUACUAGCCCUUUACAAGGGCUGCAAAAGUAUGUCUCAAUGGUUACAUAUGAGGCAGGGUGUAGUGAUGUGAAAUGCAGUAAUCAGACACUUAUUGAGCCUGCAGUUCAGGCCGCAGCCAAGGCUGAUGCUGUGGUGGUAGUUGUGGGGCUAGAUCAAUCUAUUGAGGCAGAAGGGCUGGAUAGAGUAAACCUGACAUUGCCAGGAUAUCAAGAAAAGUUGGUGACUGACGUUGCUAAUGCAGCAAAUGGAACAGUGAUUCUUGUGGUUAUGGCUGCUGGUCCAAUUGAUAUUUCUUUUGCAAAGAAUGUGGGAAAAAUCGGAGGCAUUUUGUGGGUCGGAUAUCCAGGUCAAGCUGGAGGAGAAGCCAUUGCUCAAGUCAUAUUUGGAGACUAUAAUCCAGCUGGAAGGUCUCCUUUUACAUGGUAUCCACAAGAGUAUGCAGAUCAGGUGCCGAUGACAGAGAUGAACAUGAGAGCCAAUGCCACUACUAACUUUCCUGGAAGAACGUAUCGAUUCUACACUGGCAAAUCUAUUUAUGAAUUUGGACAUGGACUAAGCUACACAUCAUUCUCCAAGUUCAUAAUAUCUGCUCCUUCCACAAUACUCAUCCACUCAACACCAAACAAAAUUCUCUCCUCUCAUUCCAUCCGCGAACCAUAUGCCUACUCAUAUGGUGAAUCUAUUGAUGUUUCGAGCAUAAACUGCAACAAUCUGCAAUUUAAUCUUGUAAUCGGGUUGAAGAACAAUGGACCAAUGAAUGGAGCCCAUGUGAUUCUCCUGUUCUGGAAGCCACCAAGCUCAGGAGGGGUGACAGGUGCACCAAAUGUGCAGUUAGUUGGGUUUGAGAGGCUGGAAGUGAAGAGAGGAAAGACACAGAAUGUGACAAUGAGCUUGGAUGUCUGCAAGGAUCUUUCCCUUGUGGAUGCUGAAGGGAAGAGGAAGUUGGUUAUAGGGCAGCAUACCCUUUUUGCGGGUUCUGCUAGUGAGAACCAAAUAAGGCACCAUUUCAUUGUCAGGCAGGCUGGGAAUGCAAGUAAAGAGCGAGUAGUGAUGGAAGGUUUAAUUCCAUAUCUCAUCAAUGCCGUGAGGAAGCAAAAACCUGGCCACCAUUACAGGUCAAUGUCCAUGGGGUCUAGCCGUGGCUACCAUUUGUUAAUGGGACAGUCGCAGGAGGAGUCCGUGGAGGGCUCGUCUCACAGGCGAACAAGGUCAGAGUUCCAGCCUCCAACCGUGGAGCUUCUUGAGCAGAGGUCAGGUCUUGAUUUCCUCAGCCCAAAGGGCUACAACAACAGUCCUUCUGUAAUCUACCCUUCAAUGGUUGGUGGCUCAAAUGUUGGUCCCUACGCUCAUCAUCAGCAAACUUCCAAGGUGAAUAAUAUUGUUCAUGUUUCCAAUGUUUGACGACCAUGAUUUAUCAAUGCAAGAGUGUCGUAAAACGGGGUAAAGUUUUUCCUGGCAAAUGAUGUCUUUGCCUUUUAUUGUACAUUCAAGCAGUUUUACAUUAGUGUGAUAACUGAUUAAAUUGUGCUUUUGAUGGAUCUGUUACUAUUGAUGAUCAUUUGGAAUAUCUUGUCAUUUCCUGCCUUAUUUGGAAUAUCUUGUCAUUUCCUGCUUGGAAAUCAUCUUAAUUUGUGUUAUCCAACUUCAUAAAUAUGAAUCCAACCUUUAAGGAGCUUCCAAUUUCUCAGAUAAUCCUUUUCCUUUAGCAACAAGGUAGAAAAAAUAUUCUCAGCCAUAUUCAGUAAUUCUUGUUCUUUCUUCUGAAAUCUGAAUCCACCAAGCGUGAAUUGUCAACGUAAGUGUGAGAAUAUCACGAACCGUCGCAUAAACGCGUUUGCAAAUCCAAUCAGAAACUGUUAAGAAAAGAAGAAGACGAAUCCAAGAUAGUAUGAACUAGUGUUUGACAUGGACUUGUCAAAGCUCCCGAAGUUGAACGACACCGUUUGGGCUCAAAACAGGCCAAAUUUUCUCCAUCAGAGAAUUUUUUUGAGGCUUUAAUUGGUAAAGAAAAUAAAAAGAAGUGAAAAAAAUUUUAACCCAGUACUUUUAUAAGUAAUAAAGUAGGAGAAAAUGGUAAGAUUGAGACAGCUUGAAUCCCAAUCAACAGCGUGUCAUCUGAGUAUCAAUUGUCACUCAUCACUGCGUUGAUGGUUGGAAACUUGCCAAACUAAGGUCCCAAUCCACCAAACAAGUUGCGUAAGGCCCUUCCGUAAAUUGAUUGAGGCUCAUCAGGUAAGAGGGUAGGCAUAUAGUAUCAUACAUUAGACUACCUAAUACAUUAGCAGCACCAAUCCUCUAUCUAAAUGAACGAGAACCAGAAGCUCCUGUACAAAGCAAAAUACCACUGUCGACAUUCAAUCAUUCCAUGACAUGCCACCGUCCAGAAUCAUGAAUGUAACGUCCUGCUUCAAUCAUGUUGCUAGCUUUUCAUAUUUACCGCGAAUCAGAUUUACAGUUGUAGUUCAUAAGCAAUGCACAAUUUCACACUAGAAACAGCAAAGAAACAAAUUCAUUCUUCUAAUUUCAAAUGAUAAUGCCUCCAAGGCUAGGGCUUCUAAGAUUUUAUCCACGAGUUUCCCUGUCUCUAAGUGAAAUUUACUACAUUCUAAUAUAGAGACAAAAUCGAUACACAUCUAAAUUGUUACAUGUGACCUUAUGAUGCUAAUUUGAUGUAUAUUCAAGACCUUCGACGUCACAAGAUAGUUAACCCACUUCUUGCAGUAGCACCAUUCUGAUAUGGUUACUUCAAAGUCAUCUUCACGUGCAUGAUUGGUAAACUAGCCACAAAUUAGAAGGUAAGAAGCCACAAUGCACCACGUGUUAAAUGUAGAUGCUGUGAAAUUUUGAGGGAGAAAGAAUC